AUGAGUUGCGAUAUUACAGAGAAGUUUACAAGGGCGGCAUCAGCGCUCGUCACCGGCGAACUUGUUAAAGAUGAAUACUUCACGUUAUUCGAAGCUGUGGGAGCCCUGGAGCUUACAGCAUUUGCUACGGUGCAGAUUAUGGAUUCGAAGAUGGAUAGCGGCUAUCUUGCUCCUGGAGAGACACUUGACCAUAAUUAUGAUGUGAUGAGGGAGCUUCUUCCAGAGGAGGUUUUAGGGAUAAUGGACCAGCUCUUGUGCUACGAGGUAGCGUGGCAUAUGGGUCAUCCACUCUCACAGACACUAUUUACAUCAAUCUAUCUUGACCAUUUACUCUGGCCCGUCCCUAAAUCUCUUGAUGAUGCAGUAUUCAAUGGAAAAAGGGCUACACCUGGUCCUGCUAAUGGGGACGAAAACGUAGGAGGUAUGGUAACUGUUGUGUUGAGAGCAUAUUGUCUUGCUUUAAUCAAAGCAUGCGGAUUUGUUCAUGAAAGAGUUGCAUCAGAAUUUUAUUACGAGGAAGAAGAUUUUAGCACACAACUAUAUAGCAGGAAACUUCUUCCCGACGUCAAAAUUGAUAAAAUUAUAGCAGUUCUUGAUAAUGCCAUUGAAUGGCUCAAUCAGGAGACAAAACAAAUGGAUGAAGCAGUUAAGGCCGCGCUUCUCGAUCGACUCAUUUUUCGGCGUCAUUUGCUAGAUUAUCUGGCCAUGGAUCUUGUUCUGACACAGUCACGAUCCACUAAAAGUCUGACUUCCAUGUUGGACCAGAUAAGUCUCAUACAGAAGUCAAUCCAGUUAGGAAAAUCUGUUGAAGAUGCCUUUAGCGAAAAGCUCCAACGACGGCUCGCGAGUACCGUUCCUCCUCGGCCGAUAAUCAAAAUUGAAUCACAAAACGCUAUAUCAUAUUUAAAACGGUUUUGUCAGGACGCUAUCGACUUGCAGGAAAUACUUGACUCAUGUAGCGCAUUUAGCUUAUAUAACCUACUAUGGACCUUACAAUCUCGCAAACCACAACCAAGUGUCUAUAUCCGGUCUUUGGCGCAAUCACUCCUACUUCUGAAUGGCCAGGUCCUUGGCAUCCUGCCCGCAAAGAAGUUCUGUUGUGGUAGCAUGAAAGAUCUUGUUCUUCCAUUUAGUCCACUCUUUGACCCCAGUAAUGACGAGGUGGAAGCUCCUUCAAGCCCCAAAUUUCAAAUAGCUAAGCAAAUGGAUGUCUUCAUACAACGGAUGGCACAGCCUUUCAUCGACUCCUAUCGCACCAUAUGUUUGAAUCGCUGCCGAAUACGACGCACACUCUGUCAUAAUAUUGUUGAUUGGGAUCGGUUGCAAGCCGAGGCCGAGGAAUGUGAUACUCAACUUCGCACAUGGACCUUGGAAGCCCCUAUAUAUAUACACGGGGAUGAACCAACCUACACCUACCCGUUAAGCAGCUGGACGUACCAUUAUAAGCUCCAACAAAUGCGCCUCGUAAUCCAGCUAGGAUUUGAGCUAUCGGUGUAUUCAUCUGGCGAAUUCCAGGGCAUGUACUGGUAUUUAUCACACCUAUGUUCAACUCACCUCGUUCAUCUCGAUCGUAUAAGAGCUUGCGUGAUCACCGAAAGCCAGAGAGCAUUAUCUAGGCGUAGUGAACAAUCACGCGUAGACAUGGAAACUCGCAUAAAGGCCCGUGAUCGCACCCUUAACCUCCUUGAUCGCAUAUCCACGGAACUUGGUGUUACAGACGCAUUCUCCAUAGCAUUGCAUGCGCUUUAUACCCUUCUUUCACGCCAUGGUUUGAUCAGUUUGAACUGCUCAUCAUCACCAGGCUAUUCCGCCUCAAGGCUUCGUUAUGAGCUUCGUAUGAAGCCAUUCCUCCCGAUUUCCUUACCUGAGGUGGCCCCCUUUGAAAUUUAUGAACGUGAAGCCACCCUUGACGGCGAGAGUGACAGGGCAGUUUUGAAUAGAGCUGUGCGAGCCACAGCUGAGGCAAAGAAGGGCCUUGAGAGGUAUUUGGCGGACGGCCCUUAUCUGACGCCAAAGGAGAAGCCGUCAAAGAUGUCUGGCCUGGAGAGUGAUUGGAUUAAAAAUGCAAAAAACAUGCUUCGGGCAUGUAUUGCAACCAGCAUAGCUAUUGACACCGUCAAAAAAGCUAUCUUAUCUAAAGAUCCUUCCAAACCUCUCAAUCUCUCCGUUGAGGUCCCUGAGGUUGGGUCACAGCCCCGGUGGCAUGAUUGGUGGGCAGUUCCGCAGGUAUCGGAAGCCAUACCCUUAAGAGGCCCAAAAGAAGCUACGGACUAG